AUGACAGUUUCCACAACAUUCGACACAAUGAACGAAAUGAGUCCCGACAUGGAGAACUUCCUCACAAGGCAACAGGAGGAGCUAGCUGUCAAGCUGCGCCAAGAGUACCCUUUCCUCAACCGCGAUGCUCUCGAAAAACUACUUGCCGAUACUGACAAGGUCGUCCGCGAGAAUAUACGAGAACAGAAGCCGGUGAUGGAAGCAACCAAAGCACGCUUCGACUUCUUCAGUCUGCCAACGGAGCUGCGCAACGACAUUUACGAACAAUCUCUUAAUUGCCUGGCGAGUGCUGCGUCCAGACAGUCGUGA